UGCAGCCACGUUUUGCAUCUGCAAGGGGUUCUGUCGUACCAAGCAGAUCGCGACGGACAUUGUCAUAGCCCGAUCUUAUUGUUGUCGGCAUCUCAACUUAGUACUGCCAGCGAUACAAGCUGUGGCGCGGAACUUACCAUGAGGCUGAAGGUACACACACUUUGUACUUGCCUAAAACGAUAUUAG